AUGCCCUCCACCACCUCCCCCUCCCCCUGGCUCCGCCAAUACGGCGCCCUCAAAGAAUAUCAAUGGCGCCUCACCACCGACAAGCCCAACAACACCACCCAAGUCUUCACGCGGCCCCUGGGCCUCGCAGAAUCCUCCUUCGACUCCGACGGACGGUAUUACGAAGGCCGCGCGGACAUGAACGUCCUGCUCACCCUCGAGAUAAAAUCCCACCUCUCGGAUGAAGAUUUCCGGGAAAGGAUCCUUUUGGCGUGGACGAGGUUGAGGGGGUUGCAUACGCUGUUGCAGGCGAGGACGUUUCAGAAGAGGGAGGAGGGGUUUGCGCCGGAUGGGAGGUUUUUUGCUGUCGAUGUGCAUGGGAGUGUUGGGAAGGCGAUCGAGGAUGCUGGGAAGCGGUUGGUGUUUGUGGGGGAUCAUUACCCGGCCGGAGUGGAAGUGGAGGAUUUCUAUCGGCAUGUGAUGAAUGUCCGGAGGGUGGUGGAUGCGGAGGUCGCACUGGCGAAGGUGUUUGUUUUGCCUGUUGAAGAAGAUCAAGGUGCGGACGGAAGGGGGACAUUGAAGUUUCUGUUCGUGAUAGGACAUCAGAUCUCGGAUGGCCUGAGCUCGUACGUGUGGAUGCGGGAUUUCGUCAGGAUCUUGAAUGAGGAGACGGAUGUGCUCAGGGAACGAUUGAAAGCCUCGCUUCAGCCUGACGAUAUGCUCCGCCGACUGCCUCUCCCCCAGGAGGCCCUCUACCCACCCAUCCCAGGCUCUCCCGCGCGCCAGCGCUGGUUCUGGGCCAUCACGCAAAUCCUCCGACACGUGCGUAAACCACUUCCCAUCGGCUUCGACAACCCCCUGAAACGAACCCACCCCCGAAAAGAAGCCAUCCCCUUAUCCCCAACCUACAACCGCAUCCUGGACUACACCCUUCCCCCCCUCCUAAACACCUACCCCCUAUUCGUGCACAUCUCCGCGCAGAACACCACCCGCCUACACCACCUCUGCAAAUCCGUACACGCCAGCCUCGGCGCCGGAAUCUACGCCCUCGCCGCCGCCGUCGCCAUAGAACUCCACGAACAGCGCCAUCCACACAUCCCCCUCGCACACCGCCAAGCCUUCAUCACAGCCUUCCCCCUCAACCCCCGCGCCUUCUUCAACCACCACAACGACCCGGACAGCAUGAUGCUCGCCUUCAGCGACGGCGUCGCCCUCCCCUUCCUAUCCGCCUCCCUCCCCCUCGCCGGCCGCAUCAAACUCCUGGCCCGCCAAGCCCAGCGCCAACUCGCGAGUUACCAGAAACGCGCCAAACCCCAAGGCCACGACGCCGCGAGACAGUACCUCACCUCUCGAGGCGCGGGCCUCGUGCUGGCGAACCAGUACCUCCUAAGUCUCGAACGCGCCAACGCGAACCUCCCUCCUGACCUUCGCAAGGAAGUCAACCUCCAAGGCAUGUACCCCGCCCGUCCGAACCCCACGAUGCAGACGCACGGCGUCUCGUCGGUGGGGAAUCGAGAAGCGCUGAUUAGUUCCGGGAUCGGGGAUCUCGAGGACGCAAGGAAGGACUUCGUGGUGGAUUUCAGGGAUCUGACGGCGAGUGUGCGGCCAAGGGAGGGGGAGUUUCUCGUGGGGAUUGGGGGCACGAGGGAGGGGUUGUUCUGUACGCCUUCGAUGGAUGCGAAUGCGUUGGAUCCGGUGUGGAUUGAGAGGUGGAAGGGGAGGUUUGAGGGGGCGUUGGAUGAGGUUGGGGAUGGUGAGGAUAGUGGUGGUAGUGGGAACAGUCAAGCAAAGCUUUAA